AUGCUCCUAAUACCACUGGUCCUUAUCCCUCUUACAGCACUCUUCGUGUCUGCACCUCUUCUCGUUCCGUUACUCUUUCGAGCGCUUGAUUUUAGCAACAGGCCUCUCCUCUCCUCAAACUUCCCUUUCAACCUCUACACCUCACCAUAUCAGAGCAAACUGAAUGUCCAACCUGCUGUAUAUCUCUUGAACACGACAUUUUCCGCCAAUGACACUACGUCUCGCGAUGCCCCGCUGUCCCACAACCCCUUCCCCGUCCUCGAUCCUGUCAUAUUCUCCUCCACGAAGGCCAUGUUGCGGACGAUAGUCUACGAUGUCUUGCGUUGGAACAAGAGCGCAAUUCUAUGCGGGUUUAUUGCUGGGAUAAUAGUAGGGGUGGCGUCAAGUGUAAUCCUUUCUGUCCAAAGACAAGAAACAAUAGUUCCUCCGCGUGUGGUCGAAAUUGAAAAAAUCGUGGUGGUGGAGAAGGAGGGGACUGAGAACGUGAUUGAUGUCGCCUCGCCAGCGAACGAUUCUAUCCUGAAGGACAUAGAAAUACAUCUGGACGCGGACAUACCCUCUCCUGCACCAUAUCGCGUAUCUCUGACCGCAGAUGCCCAUCAACUUCCCGAGAAAGCGCGACUCCUCAUCGUUACGUACAAGGACAAACGACUCUACGCAGAUAUCACGGACUACGACUGCUGGAAACAGUGGCAAAAUCAUUUAACGCAGGGCUUUGCGCGCUGGUCGCACCUGCGCCAUAAUGGUGUCUCUUGGAUCCGUAUAGGAGCAUUUCGCGAGUAUUUGCGCAAGUGUCAGCCCCACAUUCGGUUUUCAAGCGCGUACGCAAAGCAGGCAAUGGCACAAUUAGCAGAUGUCGACAUCUUCGCAGACAUCCCUUCAAACGCUCAGCCAGAACCUACGAAAUCUACUGCACCAACUACCAACCCGUCGACAUCUACAGCUCCCUUCCAGGCGGGCACUCCGCAAGGAUCUCAUCCUUCUCAAAUUCCAGCAGUCCCCAAACCCACCUCUGCACCCACUCUUUCUUCCAAUACUUCAUCUGCGCCUUCCCCACCUUCGACCUCCGCGUCGACGAGUGGAUUGACCGAGGCCCGUCGAUCUGGACCCUCUUCGACGUCCCCUCCAAGCUCAAACCACGCUACUUUCCCAGCCCAGCCUGGCGCCACCGCCACAUCCGCCACUUCAUCUUCUGCUCAGACUGCGCAAACUCGUACUCCAGCGACUAGCGUAGGACCGUCUGCACCACCACCAGAAAACUCUCCUGAGGACCUCAAAAGGAAAUUGGAAGCAUGCUUCUCUCAGAACGUUCGAGAUGAACAUGGAGCUCUGCUCUAUGUCAUAUGGCCUGGCGUGUACAAUUUUCUUCGCCUGAUGGAGGGCAACGUCAUAUACAAUUAUCAGGCCCUCUUAACUCUGGUGUUCUCUGUAACAACAAGUAUUUCUGACAAGCGCGACCUGAUUCCUGUGAAUGCCUUGAAGGACUUCUUCCUGCAUGCGGAUCCAGAGCUGCGACGGUUCAGGACCAAGAACGCUUAUGACGCGUUUUGCUCAAUGCUCGAAAUUCCCGCCGGCGAACGCGCUACUUUCCCUCUGUCCGAGGAUAUCUACCCCGAGGGCUUUCUCGGUUGGAAAGAGUUUAUUGCCAACAACCCAGCCUCUGUGAUGCUUCAAACGGAGACUGGCGUUGUCCACUAUAUUCGUUUGCCGGUUUUGGGGCAGUUCGGCAAGCAUUGGCUGAAGGAGUUUCAGAUAUUUGUGUCGACACAACAUAGUCUCACCAGCCUCUGCGCUAAACAUCGUAUUGCACACGACCAAGGUCCACUGAUUGCACGAAGUCAAAUUCUCCCGUUCUUUUUCCAGGGUUACCAGGAAGAGCAAGUAUUUUUCCAGAAUCCCACAGUAUUCCACGUCUUCUGGAACCUGCUAUGCGUUCCUCUAACUCAGCGUCCCCCGUUCCGUCGUCACACGCCACAACCGCCCACCGUGGUACCCAAUCCAUCUGACCCACGCCGACCAUCCAACCACGUUCCCCAGCCUGCUGGUACCACAGCACCUAGCCUCUCCAAUCAAGUUGAACCAGUUCCUCGUCCUUCGGCUCCUGCACCAGGAGCACACCCUCAUCGACAAACGUCUUCCAGCUCGCCACAACCAGCAAGUGGCGCAUCUGGAAGUGCGCCAGCAUCAAUUGGGUUGAUCAAGGAAGAGAAGGAUCGCGCAUCGCUGCCCUCUGUCACCGAUACGACGACUCCUUCAAAGAGUAGGAUGCCGAAGGUCAAGGAGAACAGCAACGACAAUGCUCAGGAGCAGGUGGAUAUGCACAAACGUGCCACAGGGUCCGAUAGUGGCGCUCAUCCUCGUGCUGAAGGGCUCGAUUCCUCGAUCUAG